AUCAAAAAUGAGUCCAAUCUUUGGCAACGAAAACUUAAAUGUCUAUCAGAAACGGAUAAACCGAAAAAUUCAAUGGACGCUAUUUACAUAUGUAAUGAAGCCAUGUACCCAAAUAUUUUUAAGUUAGUUAAAAUAUUAGCAACUUUAACAGUUUCUUCUGCCACUAAUGAAAGGACAUUCUCAACUCUCAAGAGAAUAAAAUCUUACCUACGCAACUCUACUUCUGAGGGAAGACUUAAUGGUCUAGCUAUGCUCUUGAUCAACAAAAAUGGUUCAAUUACUCCUGAUGAAUUGCUGGUUGAACUAUCCAAUAAAAAAAGGAGAUUAGAAUUUUUGUUAUAA